CUUGGCAACAAAUACUGUGGUGCAGACGUACAAUGCUGGCCGUCCUGUCUGGAGCUGCUGCUGGUGUCUCGAUGACACAAACUACAUCUACGCUGGGUUGGUCAACGGCUCGAUCAUGAUAUAUGAUUUGAGAGACACGAACACUCAUGUCCAGGAACUAGUCCCUCAGAAGUCCAGGUGCCCCAUGGUGUCGCUGUCCUACCUCCCCCGGAUGGCCUCAGCGUCGCUGUCUUGUGGGGGAAUAUUAGCUGGGACCUUGGAAGGAGCCUGCUUUUGGGAACAGAAAGCCAACAACUCCUACCACCCUCAUCACCUGCCGCUGGAACCUGGAGGAUGCAUCGAUAUCCAGACAGAGAUCAGCACGCGGCACUGCCUGGCGACGUACAGGCCUAGUAAAAAUAACCCGUGCGUGCGCUGUGUGCUGAUGGAGCUGACCUGCAGCCCGCUGACGGAGGCCUCUGACGCUGUGGUGUGUUCUUCUCACCCGGUUCAGACGUUCAGUGCUGGGCCCACCUGCAAGCUGCUGACCAAGAAUGCCAUUUUUCAGAGCCCGGAGGAGGAUGGCAGCGUCUUUGUGUGUGCAGGCGACGAGGCGUCUAAUUCUGCCCUGCUAUGGGAUGCUGGAAGUGGCUCCUUGCUGCAGAAGCUGCAGGCUGACCUGCCUGUGCUGGAUAUCUGCCCCUUGGAAGUGAACCAAACCCACCUCCUGGCUACGCUGACCGAGAAGAUGGUGAAGAUCUACAAGUGGCAGUGA